AUUCAUUCUCUAGAAAAUCAACUUGGCACAAAUAAAAAUAAAAAAAAUGAAAAUGGGCAUAAUUGUUUUGGUUCUAAUAUUAAGUGAAGUAACUAAAGCUGUAAAGGAAGCAACAAAGACAACCUUAAAUGAAACAUGUUUGGAAGAUGGCAUUAUAUGGGUUACCCCUAGUAGUGGUGGUGUAUUGAUAACCGAUGCCUACGCAAUCAGCUGCCCUAAUGCUCAAUCCAUAAUUUUCUCGUGGGUCCAAAAUGCUGUUCUUAAUGAUCCUAGAAUGGCUGCUUCUUUGCUUCGUCUUCAUUUUCAUGAUUGCUUUGUUGGUGGAUGUGAUGCAUCACUAUUAUUAGAUGAUACCAAAAACUUUGUCGGAGAGAAAACCGCCGCACCAAACAUGAACUCUCUGAGAGGGUUUGAAGUAAUUGAUGCCAUAAAAUCUGAAUUGGAAUCUGUUUGCCCUGGUGUAGUAUCUUGUGCCGACAUUUUAGCUGUAGCAGCUAGAGAUUCUGUUCUUGUGUCUAAUGGACCGAGCUGGGAAGUCCAAACUGGUAGGAAGGACAGUUUAACUGCAAGUAAGCAAGCAGCAAAUAAGAACAUACCAGGCCCAAAUUCUACAGCGCAAACCUUGGUGAAUAUUUUCCAAAAUGUGGGUCUAAGCCUGACUGACAUGGUAGCUCUUACAGGUGCUCAUACACUUGGAAAAGCUCAGUGUUCAACCUUCAAUUCACGGCUCCAAACUAACAACGGAGACAUCAAUCUUGAUUUUCUACAAUCUCUACAGCAGCUAUGCUCUAUCCCCAACAGAAAUACAAAAAAAAAUACCGUUUUAGCAAACCUUGAUCUGGUCACACCGGCUACAUUUGAUAAUCAGUACUACGUUAACCUUUUAUCUGGACAGGGUUUACUGCCCUCCGAUCAAGCCCUUCUAAGUGGUGAUAUUGAUCAGACGGGUGAAAUCGUUCGAUCUUAUGCUGAAGAUGAAGCUCUGUUCUUUGAUGACUUUAGUAAAUCAAUGCUUAAAAUGGGAAGCAUUGGUAUUCUUACGGAGAACAAUGGUGAAAUUCGUCGUAAUUGUCGUGUUAUUAAUUAAGGGUUUAACUAAC